AUGGAAGACAACGACGAUGACUACUUCUCUGACGAGUUCGAUUCUCUGCCUCCCGGGACACUUUUUGACUUAGAACAAAGUGCUUUCCAGGCCACACAGGGUCAGGCCACUCAGUACCAGCAUAGCCAAACAGUCCCAAACAAUUCGACUCUCCAUACGCAGGUCAAACCCGCGGUCCGUAACUCCGCGACCUUGCAACCACCUCCUCGUCUACACACCGGAUUAACGAACGACUAUGACACACUGGAAGUGGGUGAAUUGGGAGCGGAGGUACAUGACAAUGCGGGUAGCUCUGUGGCGCUUCCCAAUGGCCAUCGUAUGCUAGUGAAGGAGCAUGGCUGGCCCGUCAACAGUGAGAUGGCUGACGCGAUGGAGGUGGAUGAUCAUGCUCCAGGCAACAUAUCUGGAGUGAAUACGCGUCUAGAACAGCUGGAGCGAGAGAAAGAACAACUGCGAAUUGAAUUGUUCGAAGCGAAAUCCCAGGUGCAAUCGAAGACCGGCGAGAUUGCCAUCAUCCGAUCCAAACAGGCGCAGUUGGUCGCGGAUUAUGACCAGCAGCUGAUAGCCUUGCGCACGGCCAUAGCGGAGGAAACAACAAAACACAAAGAAAUGGUCGAAGCCGCGAUGUCCGAAGGGCACAUCCUUGCGACGGAGAAUAUCUUCCUUCAGCAUGACUUAGCAGAGGAGGCGCAUCAUUUGCGCAAUUUUAAGUUGAAACAGCGACAGGAAGAGGUGCAUCCGCCUGUAACGCCCAAGAAAUCUCGAAACCUACCAUUUCGGGAUGGGUUCGACGAUGACGAGAUCGCUGUCGUGUCACCCAGCAAGUCGGCGACCCGGUCCAAACGAGCAACUCCGACUGUUCCAGGAAAGCGAAAGCGACGGGCAAGCCAGGAUGCCCCUGUCCCACUACAGUUGAGCCCUGCUGGUGAGCUAGUGAUGGUUGAUGCGCCUGCCGAUGAGCUUGGACUAGAUCGCGAGCAAGGGCCCGAGCCGCUUGGACGUGAUCAGCAGGUUAUGAAACGGCUGUUGAAUCACCGCAUGCUCCCUGACCAAGAAACCGAUAUUGAGGCGCUAGCAAGAAUAUCAUUUCCCUCGGAACCAGGACGACCCAUGUCCAGCAUGGUCUUAGACCGUUUGGCUCAGCUGGACAUGGGUAGUUAUGUAGUUGAAUACAUGCAUACGAUUGGGCCACUCUGGCAACGUGCACUGACUGAGCGUUUCUAUGAACCUGUUCCCCGAUUUAUGACCCUUGCGCGAUAUAUCCUGAGGAUGAAUGAUAUUCCACUUCCAAAGCUGAUUGGUCCUUUGGUCUCUGUGUUGCAAGAUUCUGUUGAAGUCAACGCAGUUCCUCGGUUUCGAUAUUCCCCCGCUGCCCGGGAAAAGGCGAGGGUGAUCCGACCAAUACCGACUCCACAGUCAGAUUUACAACCACAGGUUGAUUCAACCGAGGCCCUGCGUCUGCUGUAUCAUAUCGCAAGUGAUUUGGUACAUGUCAAAGAUGCACUGCAGGAUUUUUGGCGGCAGAUCCGACAUACCUUCACUCUCGUUAUGCUACAUCCUUCACAGCCACUAAAGGAUAUCGUGCUGAUAUUGCACCUAUUAUCAACUAGCAUUCGACCAGAGUCGUUCGGGCCCAUCAUGCCUUCGGAGGGAGAACAGAAUGAUAUACAACGAUGGCUAGUCGACCGGCUUUCCUUCAUGUUCAGUGAGCGUGCCCAACCGGAUGAGGGUCUUGUGCCGUACACCCCGCACGACAUAUGUGCAAUGCGUCUGGAGGUUUUACUUUUGUUGGAGUCUUUAGCAUUCAAUCCAGCAGCGCCGACUCGGGAGCAUGGUAGUGCCAUCAUUGCCGCUCAUCCUAACGCGUUGGCACGUCUCUUCCGAUCCAUGCAUGACGAGCUCGAUGCCUUAUACGCGUCGCCGCCUGAGCAGGAGCUGCGAGUUGCGUUAGUCAACGGACUGAUGCGCCUAGUAUUUGGGGUGAUCCGGCGUCACGGGUCUUCUAUAAACAUGCAAGAGAAGCUGGCACGUGUGCCGGGCAGCAAGCAGAAACACCUAGUGGUUCUCACGCGCUUGGCAUUUUGCGACGGAUCCGUUCUCGAGGCCGGUAUUGAUGACGAGACUGUCGACAUGGCGCAUGAUCUGCUCGAGGAGUGGACUAAUCCCCAGGAAGCUGAUUCGCUUGCUGAGGUAUUCCCGAGUUCCAGACGAGAAUAA